AUGCCAAAGCCCGAAGACGACUUAUCCGACCGGGUCGUACGAAACUACAACAAUGACGAAGAAGAAGAAGACCUCUACGAACAAACCGACGAUAUUGAAGAGGAAGACGCAGAAGAAGACGAGGACGAGGACGAGGACCUAGAAUCCCAAAAGGCUAAGCUCCGAAACCGAUUUCAGAAUUUCUUUCGCCGAAUACAAAAUGAAUCGCUCCCAAUUCGCGUCCACGAUGUGGUAAUCAAAGGAAACACUAAAACCAAAGACUCUUUGAUUGAAGCAGAAACGGCGUCGCUUAAAGAUGCGUCUACUAUUCAAGAGCUGUUUGCGGCUUCUAAUGAUGUGAAUUUUAGGUUACAAGCGCUAGAGAUUUUUGAUUCGGUCAAGAUCACGCUUGAUUCGGGCCCACCGGAGUUGCCUGGCACUGCUAAUGUGAUUGUUGAUGUUGUAGAAACUCGGAGCCCCCUCUUGGGUGAAAUUGGGGUUUUCAACAAAGGCGAGGUUUCGUCGUCAACGUUGGAGGGUACUCUCAAGUACAAAAAUAUAUUUGGUUAUGGGGAUCUUUGGGAUGGCUCGCUGGCAUAUGAUUAUGACCACAAGGCAGAGGUAAGUGCUGGUGUGUUUUUGCCAAGAUUCAAAGGACUUUUGACCCCAGUAACAGCACGAAUAUUCCUGCAAUCUCAAGACUGCCUAAAGUUUUCCUCUUUCAAAGAGCGAUCAUUGGGGUUCUGUCUUGGCUUAUUCUCAACCAGGAACCAUGACUUGGCGUACAAUCUUGCAUGGCGUACCUUGACAGAUCCAUCUCGAAUGGCUUCAAGUUCUGUAAGGAGGCAGCUUGGUCAUGAUUUACUUUCAUCUUUGAAGUACACUUUUAAGAUUGACAGCAGAAAUUCACCUCUGAGGCCAACACGUGGAUUUGCUUUUGUUUCUACUACCCAAGUUGGUGGCCUUGCCCCUGAUAGUCGUAGCUUACGAUUUUUGCGCCAGGAGCUUGAUCUUCGCUGUGCCAUACCACUUGGAUUUUACCGUUCUGCACUGAACUUGGGCAUAUCUGCUGGUGUUGUUUUUCCCUGGGGAUCUGGAUUUUCAAGUAUGCCUUCACCACUGCCAGAAAGGUUCUUCCUUGGUGGCAACUUAUCUCCAGUUUGCACAUUGGGUGGCCCGACAUCAUUAUGGGGGUUUAGAACAAAAGGUCUGGGCCCUACUGAGCUUCGAAGGCAGCUGCGAAGUAACCCAGCUAAUGAGAAUACUGAUUCUGGAAGGGAUUAUCUUGGAGGAGAUCUUGCUCUUGCUGCUUUUGCAGAUUUUUCUUUUGAUUUUCCAUCCAAGUGGUUAAGUGCAAAAGGAAUCCAUGGACAUGUUUUUGCAUCUGCUGGGAAUGUCGACAAACUAACAGAAAAUGCAUACCGGAAUUUUUCUUUACGAAAGUUCACAGAAUCAUUUCGUAGCUCCGCAGGAGUUGGAGUUGUUAUCCCUACAAAUCUCUUCCGAAUGGAGUUGAAUUAUUGCUACAUCUUGAAGAAAUUUGGCGAGGACCGUGGCAAGUCAGGAUUCCGUGUCAGCUUUGCUUCUCCAUCAUAA